AUGGUGAGCAGCAGGGUUGAGGGCUUCACUGGCUUUUGGGUCCUCAGCUUUCCCAGCACCAAGAAGAUGGAGUUCCUUCUGAACGACGGCUGCAACAAUUGGCUGAAGAGCGGCGGGGGCAACUUCGCGGCUGGGCCUGGCCUGUGGACGCUCCGGGCGGGCCGGCUCCAGCAGUUCCAGCCCGGCAAGGCUGAGGUCAAGCCCCAAGUUCUCUCCGGAGAUAUCACGGAGCUCGAGGCGCAGGGUGGCGUCGUGCUGGUCUACCAGAGCAAUUGGCCGCAGCCACGGCUGCACUACCGGACUUCUGAGGAGGCUCCUUGGACUGACCCACCUGGUGAGGAUUUCCUGCCCUGCAAUAUCACGGGGUUCCCCCAAACUGGGGGAUGGUGGGCGAUGAAAGUGGAGGGCCAGAGCUUGGAGUUCGUGCCCAACGAUGGGGGGUCGCAGUGGCACAAGGCUGCUGGAGGCAACUGGCGCAUUAAAGGCCCGGGGAUCUGGAAGCUGAGCGGAGACCGCUUGGAGAAAGUCGGGUCUGUCGAGCCUGAAGCCGCGCUCGUGGUGGAAGCUGAGCCUGCGAAGGCUGCGAAGGCUGCGAAGGCUGAAGUGGCGGGGGCUCCAGUGGAGCUGGAGACCAUAGAGAAGCACAGGCUGGCAGAUUUGAUGCAAGGCGACCACAUCGUGAUUUUGUACCGCAGUGCGUGGGAGACCCCGCACCUGCACUGCCGGGAUCUCUCCUCGGACGUGCCUGGCCCCUGGACGCAGCUUCCAGGCUUGUCCUUCACCGCGGCCGGUGACAUCACACAGGAGCUGGAAGGUUCUGGUUCGCUGUUUGUUGCGAAGUUUACGACCAGCGUGCAUGGCGUUGAGUUCGUCUUGAACGACGGCGGCCCGCACUACCGCUGGGACAAGGCUUCUGGCGGUGGCAACUUCCGCGCGUCUGGCUUCGGCGUAUGGUUGGCCAGCGGCGGGCGUUUGGAUAAGCUUCAAGCGCCGCCGGUUGCGAAAAUGCCAACAGUGGCCUCUGUAUCUCGCACAUCUGUGGCUCUUUCCUGGACGUCAGCGUCCUCCUCCGUGAAAGGUUACCGCGUAUUCCGGAAUGGAAAGCAGGUUGCCUCGCUUGCAGGUGGCGUGUUGCAAUACAUGGAUGCUGGGCUAUUUGCUGCUCACGAGUACUCCUUCGCCGUGGCUGCUGUCAGCACACAAGGUGUGCUUGGACCCAUCAGCGAAGCGGCUACGGCAACCACAGACCCGCCAGGCAAGCCUGGAAAGCCCAGCAGCCUGCGGGUGGCACUGUCCAGCGGCAAGGGUGUGACGCUGGAGUGGGCGCCGCCCGAGGACCACGGAGGUGCGCCCGUGACAGCCUAUGUGGUGCAGCGAGGGGACAAGACAGUGGCCACACUCGCGGCUGAGAAGCUUGACAAGCUUUCCUGGACCGACACAGAGGUCACUCGGGGUGACUCCUACAGCUACUCGGUCAUUGCAUGCCACCUGCCGCCAACGAGCGAGAAGGACGAUCUCCGUGAGAAGGUCUUGAAGGCAUGCGAGGCAGAUGACAUCCUGCUGAGCCUUCCUGAGGAAAUGAACAUGAGUGAAGCCUCGGGGCCGGUGGAAACUGUGGCCGUGGACGAGUUGGAGGUGGGGUCGUGCAAAGUCAGCCUGCGGGACCAGCUGUCAGAGGUGGUGGGCAUCACGGUCUUCUACCAGAGCUGCUGGGGCACCGAGUGCUACGCGCACUGCUGCUCCCACCAGGAGAAGGGCUGGACACCCUUGCCGGGCGUGCCUUUGGAGCCCAGCCCGUGCCACUCCUUCUCCGAAAGUGAGGACUGGAUGGUGCUUUGCCUUCCCUACGCACGCAGCCUGGAGUUUGUCAUGAAUGAUGGCGGUCGGGGCUGGGACAAGGCGCCGGGUGGAAAGAACUACAAGGUGAUGACGCCUGGUGUUUUUCUCCUGACUCAUGGACAUUUGGACCCCGUUGCCUAUCCUCCACAAGAGCCGACUGGCCUUGCUGCUGAGGCCAUAGAUGGCUCACGGGUGCGCUUAUCCUGGGAGCCUCCGAAGCUUGGGGAUGGCGAAGCUCCCGUGAAGGGCUACCGAAUCUUCCGCAACGGGCGCAUCAUCGGCUCGCAGUCUCUGUCUUGUGAAUAUGAAGACAUCAACUUGUUUGCCUUCACCGACUAUGAGUAUUCCGUGUCCGCCAUCAACCGCCAAGACGUCGCCGGACCACUCAGCGAAGCGGUGAACGUGAAGACUCAGCUGCCGGGACUGCCCUCUGCGCCACGGAACGUGCGGGCCAACACGCGCAACAUGCAGGAUGGAAAGCUGAUCGUUCAGCUGGAGUGGGAGCCGCCAGCUGACUGCGGGGGCGCCCCCGUGGCAUCCUACGAGAUCAUCCGUGAUGGCACCGUGAUCGACAUCUUCGACGUGCCCAAUGCCCGCAUCCGCUCAGAAGCAGAGGCUGCUAAGCCUAUGGCCCCUGAGGCAGCUGCGGCCAGGCGUUGGAUUCGCUCCUCAUGCUCUUACUCAAGUUUGAGCUGGUUCAAGGACGCGAUGCUCUGGGUCGACAACAGCAUCGAGCUGGGAGAAUGCUACAGUUAUCAGGUCCGAGCAGUGCAGCUUGGACCGGAACGGGCUGGGCAGCUCAAAAAGGGCGGCGUGGUGCAGCGAUGCGGGAGCCAAUUCCUCGACAACGUCCUGCCAGACGUCGUGGGGCCAGCCAGCGAGCCGGCACAGGUGCGCGCCGUGGCAUUCCUGGACCCCCCCAAGAUUGGGGACAAGCGGAGCUUGAUCGUUUUCCAGUCCUUCGACUGGGGCAGCUGCAAGGCUCCCAGCUGGUACAACGUGUUGCUCGGGCUGCUGCCGGAGCUGCGCAGCGCAGGCAUCAACAUGGUGUGGCUUCCACCACCCUCAGAUUCAGUGGAUGAGCAUGGCUACCUUCCCAGGCAGUGGCGUGUUGGACAACAACUAUGGCUCGGCAGAGGAGCUACAGCACCUGAUUCAGAGCAUGCACGAGCAGGAGAGAUCAUUCCAAUGCUGGAUGUGGUGGUAAACCACCGCUGUGCAUCCCUGCAGGAUUCGGCCGGGCGAUGGCUGAAGUUCGAGGAGCCAGAUUGGGAAGGUUGGGCAGUGUGCCACGACAGCCCGGCAGUUCCCGGUGGCAGCGGGGCGCACACCACGGGAGAGCCGGCCGCGUACGCGCCCAGCGUGGACCACUCCAACCCCCGCAUCCAGGCAGAUGUCAACGAAUAUAUCCGGUACCUGAUGGACGAGAUCGGCUUCCGGGCGCUGCGCUUCGACUUCGUGAAGGGCUACGCCCCGCGCUUCCAGUCGGACUACGUGCGAGCGGCCGGCUCGCCCUUCGCGGUGGCCGAGAACUGGAACGGCGACGCCAACGGGCUUCACGACUACGUGCGCCAAUGCCAGGGUCUCAUGGCCGUCUACGACUUCCCGCUGUACUACACACUGAAGCGUUGCAUUCACAGCAACAAUUUCGAGGAGAUGAAUUGUGGUGGCCGGCUUGCUGGCAUUGCGGGCCGGGAUCCUGCGCGGUCGUGUACCUUCAUUGACAACCACGACACCUACCAGUUGGCAAUUGUCGGAGGCUGCUUUGGCAACAACGAUCAGGCUUUGAGAGGCUACGCUUUGAUCUUGACGCACCCGGGCGUGCCAACCGUCUUCCACUGGGACUAUGUCAGAGCUCCGUUUGUCCGCGAGAAGCUUCUUGAGCUUUGUGCCAUCCGCAGAGAUGCGAACAUUCACUCCACGUCUCAGCUCAACAUCGCUGUUGCCAGCCACGGACUUUAUGCCGCCAUCAUCGAUAACAAGGUGGCGGUCAAAAUAGGCACGAACGAGUGGAGUCCAGGUGGCGGAUGGAAGGUACGCUGCUUUGGCGCAGAGUUCUGCGUUUGGGCGAGGUCUUGA